AAAUUCCCUCUUCAUCCGCAGCUUAUAAGACCUGAACCAAAAGGCAACAGGUCACUGGAUAGACUGAGCUGGACGGAACUUCAGAAAUUUUUACGCACGGAAGAACCCGUUUACUGGACGAACUGCACGCGAUUUAAGGAAAUGAACUGGAACUGCACGCGCAUUUUGCAUGAUUUUGAAUCCAGAUACCCAUCUCUCAGGGCACCAUGGAGACCCAUAAGCUGUUUUUACCCAGCACUGCUGGUAUAGGAGACCGUUUGCUUGAACUCUCCAUGCGCUUUCGAAGAACUUCCCGUCGAUCUACCCACUCAUAGGAUAUGCUGUGUUUUCUUCAGAGUCCACGCAAACACGCGAGGAACGUUCUCCAGUAAUAAUUAGAAAUGCAGAGCCGUGGUGUGGCGAGAAACUCACUUGGACUGUCCGCGGUGCGCUCCUGCUUGCUGCUGCUCUUCAUCCACCUGAGCGCACCGGUGGAGGCGAGGAGAGUGCGCGGCGGUCGGGCGCAAACACGGAGGGUGCAGCAGCAGCAGCAGACGCCCCCGCCGUACAGGGAGCGGGUGGAAGGAGCAGAAAGCUUCCCGUUAGACUUCACAGCUGUGGAGGGCAACAUGGACAACUUUGUAGUGCAGAUAAAGAACUUAGCGCAGUCACUCUAUCCGUGCUCUGCGCAAAAGCUGGACCAGGACAUGAAGCUGCACUUUUUGAAGAACGUGUCCGUGACUUGCAACGACGGGUCACCUGCAGGUUACUACAUCAAGGAGUCAAAAGGAAGCAAGAGGUGGCUGCUGUUCCUGGAAGGUGGAUGGUACUGCUUCGACAGUCAGACCUGUGAGAGCAGGUAUGAGACGAUGAGGAGACUGAUGAGCUCCACCAAGUGGCCACUAACCAGAACAGGAAGGGGAAUUUUGUCUCCACAGCCGGAGGAAAACCCUCACUGGUGGAACGCCAACAUGGUGUUCAUCCCGUACUGCUCCAGCGACGUGUGGAGCGGAGCCACCCCGAAGACAGAUCAAAGUGAUUAUGCGUUCAUGGGCUCUCUGAUCAUUAAGGAGGUGGUGAAGGAGCUGCUGACAAACGGGCUAGAAAACGCCAAGGUUCUGCUCCUGGCAGGCAGCAGUGCCGGUGGGACAGGUGUCCUGCUGAAUGUGGAUCAGGUUGCAGAGCAGCUGGAGACCCAGGGAUAUACAGGGGUGCAGGUCAGGGGCUUGGCUGAUUCUGGAUGGUUCCUGGAUAACAAACAGUACAAAUUCACAGACUGCCUGGAUACAAUCAGCUGUGCUCCCACUGAAGCCAUAAAGAGAGGCAUCAGGUACUGGGGAGGACUGGUGCCAGAGAGCUGCAGGCAGGCUCACGUGGGAGAGGAGUGGAACUGUUUCUUUGGAUAUAAAGUCUACCCCACAUUAAAAAGCCCGGUGUUCGUGGCGCAGUGGCUCUUCGACGAGGCCCAGCUGACGGUCGAUAACAUCCACCUGACCGGACAGCCCAUCCACGAGGGCCAGUGGAGGUACAUCCAGAAAUUGGGGCAGGAGCUGAGGCUUACGCUUCGUGACGUAACGGCGAUGUUUGCACCGGCAUGCCUGUCUCAUGAGCUCAUCACGAGAGCGGACUGGACGGACAUCCGAGUGAAAGGAAUCUCCCUCCCCAGAGCCCUCCACUGCUGGGACCGCAGCCUCCAUCACAACCUCCACAUCAACAGCAGCCACAGCCACGUGACCCCUCCCGUGAGAGGUUGCCUUCUACAGCUGAUCGACAGCUGCCCGUGGCCGCACUGCAACCCCUCCUGCCCGACCAUUCGGGACCAGCUGACAGGACAAGAGAUGAGCGUCAUCCAGUUCCUGAAGCACAUGGGCUUUGACGUGCAGAAGAUGGCUCAGCAGCAGGGAAUGGAGCCCAAGAAGCUACUGGGCAUGCUCAAUAACGGGAACUGAGACACUUUUUCAGAAGAGUGGAUGAAAACUGAGAUAUCCACCAACAAAAUAAACACACAAAAGUGCCUCAUGAGUUUUGACAAUAUCGUUCAGCUGAAUACAAUCAAACCAGUGUUUGAGCUCUUAAACUACAGUAUAUGAGAUCACAUCAGAUCAACAUAACCUCCAUAAAUAUGCAGUUUUAUGUACUGUAUCAUUUAUAUGUGCAGGUCCGUCUCCGGAGUUUUGAUGGGAAAGACUGGAAACACUUCCCAGUUUGUUGUUUUGGAUUUUUCCAGCAUGCUCUUUGUGGGACUUGGUGCUCACCUCUAAAAUAUCCAGUUCAGAAACCCAUCUACGGUGCUGCUGUUUCAACCCUUCACCAAAUAUGCUGCUUUUUUUUUCUCUUUAUGGAAAAGAUAAUUUAAUGGGUAAUAUUUACUGAUAUAAAGAUGAAAUAUUACUUUGUUCUUCAGGCCACGGUUAAAGGAUUUAUUUAUUUUUCUACUGAAGAGAUCUUUUUAUAUUUCCUUAUGGUCAAACACAGUUAACCACCUACAUACCACCAACUACAUAUUUGGCUUUUUACCUGCAUGUUUGUUUAAAAAAAAAAAGAAGAAAGAAAGAAAAGUGUAUGCUUGUAGAGUGCAUUAUGUCCAUACUGU